GUUUCAAAAUUACAAAUUGUAAUAAAUUAUUAGAAAGAAAAUUGAUCUGAAAGAGAUAUACAGCUUAGUGAGGCUACCCUAAUUGCCUAGGGUCCCACCCCGGUUUGCAUUCGGGGUGGGAAGGGAGGAGGCUACUAAUUGGGUUAAAAACAUUAUGCAUGAGUAUGCCUUGUAUGUAAGUAUCCUGAGAGAGGAACCUAAAACAAGGCUUGCACUCAGAUCAACCUUUAUAUUAAGUACUUCUCCCGGUAAUCCUGAGCCUAACAUUAUUUGAGUUUUAUCAUUUUUCUAACAAAGACCAUCAUGAGAGAAUGGAAUGCAACAUGGUUGUCACCGGUUUGCCUUAAAAUACCACCAUGGUACCCUAGAACACAUUUGGUAGAAUUCCCUACUAUAGUAUUGCUAAUUCAAAUGUUGGUUGUCUAUUGUCUAACUCAAGCCAUACAUCAUAGCUCAUUCAAGCGUUUUGGCCUUCCUCCUCUUGCUUCACAAUUAAUGGCAGGUGUUGUCUUAACGCCGGAGAUAUGCACAACUCAUAUUAAGCCACUGAAGGAAGCUCAUGAACUCAUAUUUCCUAUGGCAAGUAAUGAAGUAUGGAAGUGUAUAUCUAUGUUGGGUUUUAGUUUUUCUAUAUUCAUUAUCUCAGUUAAAACAGAUUUUACCAUCAUCAUGAAAACUGGCAAAAAACCUGUAAUAAUCGGACUACUAGUUCCCACUCUCACAGGUGUUGUGAGCUUAACAGUUGCGGCUUGGUAUGGUGGAUUUAUUCGAGUAGUCAGUGAUCAGAAGCAACUGAGCGAACUUUCAGCUAGUGCAUCAGUCUUAGCAUUGUCUACAUUUCCUGUCAUUGCUGUUCUUCUUAGUGAUUUGAAGCUUCUUAACUCUGAACUAGGUAGAUUAGCUUUGUCUUGUGGGAUUGUUGGUGAGAUUGCGGGCAUUGCUCACACAUUAGCCUUGAAACGAAUACUUAGUACUGUAGAUCUUCUUCAAAAAGAGAAGACACAUGAAGUUCUUCUAUAUGUUGGACGUCGUGUUAUUGGCCUUUCUGUGUUUGUCCUCAUUGUAGUAUUCAUGCUUCGACCAUGGAUGAAAAAAAUAAUAAAAAAGACCCCUAAAGGAAAACCCGUUAAGGAUACUUACUUGAUUCCUAUAUUUUUGUUGAUGUUGUUAGGAGGUCUUGUAACAAAUAUUAGUGGGGAGUUUGUGGUAAUUGGUUGUUGGGUUGUAGGAGCGGCGGUACCUGAUGGACCGCCUCUAGGAUCAGCUAUAGUUGGUAAAUUUGACACCUUUGUCUCGGGAAUUCUUCAGCCUUUUUUCAUAACAAUGUCUACCAUGAGGGCCAAUGUGUUUAAAGUUAACUUUCAAGACAAAGUCAUUGAUGGUGUAAUCCUUGUCACUUUGUCUGGUUUUGCUACAAAGAUCGUUAUAUGCCUUGCGUGUGGGUUGUACUAUCGCAUGGAAAUCUCAGACGCCUUGGCACUCGCUGCCAUUAUGUCUUCCAAAGGGAUUGUCGAAAUUGGGAUCUUUAACAUGUUUAUUGAUUCAAGGCUAAUUAGAAUCUCAACAUGCGCCUUUUUAAUGGUUGUCACAAUAAUUGUUGCAAUUGUUAUACCCAUCAUAGUUAAGUGCCUUUAUCAACCUCUAAGGAAGUAUGCAGGAUAUCAUAACAGAGAUAUUGUGAGUUGCAAUCUUGAAGCUCAUCUCCGCAUCCUUACUUGCAUUUCGAAACCAGAUGAUGUGCCUGCAUUUGUUCAUCUGCUCACUCUUUCUAACCAAGCCACGAACAACAUGAUUGUAGAUGUUUUACACCUUAUAAAGCUAGUUGGAAGAGCACAACCCAUAUUUAUAUCUCAUGACUUACAAGAGGGAAAUUCAUCAGAAAACAUGUCUUACUCUGAAGAUAUGAUUUCAGCUUUUAACUCAUUGAUUCAAAGAGCUAACAUGGAAGACCUCUUUAUACACUUCUUUACAACAGUCACCCCACCUAAAGCAAUGCAUGAUGACAUAUGCACACUCGCACUUAACAAUUUAGCAUCACUUAUCAUCUUACCCUUCCAUAGAAAGCUAAGUACUCUUGAUGGAUCUGUCGAGUUUGAGGAUUAUGGGCAGAGAACCCUUAACAACAGCAUGCUCGAACGAGCCCCAUGCUCUGUAGGGAUCUUCAUUAAUAAAGGAACAUUGAAGCUCCCUACAGUUGAGUCCUCAAACAUGACCUCAGUAGUUGUACAAUCCCAACCUGAGCAAAAUCAGUUCUCAGCAGCAGUGAUUUUCAUAGGAGCAGAUGAUCAAGAGGCGGUAGCAUAUGCUAAGCGCAUGGCCUCUGGACCAAUGGUAUGGGUGCUUGUCAUCCGAUUAGUUGCUUCCGAAGAUGAGACCGAGCUUGAUUCCACCACAAUUUCGGAUAUCCAACAGUACAAAGAGAUCAAACAACAAUUCAACUACUCAGAGCAAGUAGUCCAUGAUGGUUCACAAACUGCAAAAAUGUUAAGGUCUAUUGCAGAAGACUUUGACCUUAUCAUCGUAGGAAGAUCACACAAUCCAGAAAGUCCUCAACUUUCUGGUUUACAACAAUGGAGUGAAGUACAAGAACUUGGUAUCCUUGGAGAUAUCCUCGCCGCACCAGAUUUUCCUGGAAAGACAUCAAUUUUAGUGUUGCAACGACAAAAGCAAUGGUUAUCUAAAGGCUAUAAAUAUAGUUGAGUGCUAGUAAUUUUUUUGAUACUUGUACAUACAUAUGUUAUAUGUAUCAAAGUUUUUGGUAUAAUCUUUCAGGUAUGAGCUGAUGAUGAUACUUCUUAUUUAUAUUUAUCAUUACACCAUACUGCGGUUUGGUUAGUACAGAGUAUUCUUAGGUAUAAACAUGAAAAUUACAUGUAGAAGUUAAUAUGAGCAAAUUCUUCAUGACAAACUCUUCAUAACUUUAUUUUCUUGAAGAUUAUACUAAUCCACAUUUUUUAUAUGCUCAACCCUAGAUUUCUCAUCGAAAGAUCAUCUAUAUCAACUUUGUAGUCUUGUAGAGGUAAAUGUUUUUAAUUGUAAUAAGCUAUUUAAUUUGUUGCUUUGGUAAAUUUUCUAAGCUAUUUGUUGCCUUCUUUCUUUAUUUGUAAUUUAUUUGUUUAGUAUUUUGUAAUCCAUUAAAGUAAUUAUAUGGAAGGAAGUGCAUGUGAAAUAUACUUGUAUUAUUCCAGAGUUUCACGUACAUUUUCUAAACUAUUAGAUGUGUUAAAUGUUAUUGAUCGAGGUGAACUUUUUUUUUUUUUUGUUAAAAACCUAAUUACUCAGUAAUUUUUUUUUACUGAUAUUAUAUUGUUUCCUUUAUUUCGUAUUUAGGAAGAAAAAAAAAGGAAAAAGAUAUAUGCAGCCCCAAAGGCUGCAUAUAAGAACCUAAAAGUGGAAAGAAUUGACAAUAAAUAUACAAUUAUUACAC